AUGUCUGAAGGGGUCGGCGGUGGUGCUGGGGAUGCAUCGGACAGGCGUCUGAUCUCAGCCACUGCGAACACGAAAGGAUCGCGCCCGUCGACCAAGACGGCUUCCAAGGAGAAGGAGAAGGUCAGCGCUGGUGGCAAACACAAGAACCUUCUCAAGAGCUCGCAGGAGGCUUCGACAAAGCCGGCGGAAGAGGAGACACCACCCCAUCUCCCGGUGACGCUUACCAUCACCUACGUCUCACUCCACUACCCCGUCUUCUGCUUGAACCAGCGCGAUAUGACACCGCUCUCUCGUGCCAUUCCGCACUGCCCUUCCUUGGUCUCCGUGGAGCUGAUCGGGUGCGGGCUGAGCGCGCAGAGCUACAUGCAGCUAGUAGAGGCAGUGUAUCGCAGCCCGCGUGUCUUGUCUGUAGCAGUGGAUUUCAACCAACACAUCAGUGGAAGCUCUUACACGCCCCACUCUCUCGAGAAGGGCAGUCACGCGAGUGUGCUCACAAAUGCGCGAGAGCAGGCUGGGUUCGUGAUUGACCCGACUCUGCUGAAUGCCGCGUCGCCAUCACUCGGCGAUGCGCUGGAUAUGUCAGUCGGCGGCGUCUGCGGCCUCUCCUUCGCUUCGGGAAACUCGCAGGAGCGGCCCUUCGGCUUUAACAUAGUCCCUGCAACCCCUCCUGGCGGUACGAGCGCGGCCGACGCGGCGACCGGUGGUGACAGCAACACUUCUCGUGCUGCCAGGGGUGACCCGAAGCCGACCGUUAUGCGCCAUUCGAGGCUGGUGCAGAGCGCGGCAGCGGACGCGUCCGUCACCGUUUUGGCCGAGGCUCAGCGGGUGGGAGAGACCGGCGACGAGGACCACGGCGGGGGCAACUUGGAGCUGUACUUUUACCCCACGCAGUACUGUGGUCUGGAUCAGUUGCCCACGCAGCUGGAGCUGCAGCUGCAGGAGGAGACGGAGAAGAAAGGCAAGGUGGAUGGCAAGCGGCUGCAGCAGGUACAGGCGCAGCGUGACACCUUGCGCAUCUUCAACCGGCAAAACCGCAUGGAAGUUCCGAAAUCGUGGGACGGCAUCCUCUUCACCGGCAUCCGCUUCCUCAGCUUGCGCGGAAACGGCAUCGACGACGCAGCCGUAACCCGCAUCGUGGAUGUGCUAACGCACAAUCCCCGCUCGCAGCUCGAAUCGCUCAAUCUCUGGGGCAACAACAUCACCGACCUCGGUGCCACGGCGCUAGCGCAGCUGCUGCGCCAUAAUCGAGACAUCCGCGUCUUAGAUGUCGGCAAUAAUAAGCUGAGCGACACCGGUCUUCUGGAAUUGAUCGACAUGUUUCGCAUGCAUCAAGUGUCAUCGAUAGAGGAGGUGCUUGCGCUGCGGCGUGCCUAUUUGACCAGACGAGGCGCGACAGAUGAGGAGCGCAAGGCUGCGGGGCAGCCGUUGUUGGCCACCGACAUCCCAAGCUAUGAAGAUCUCUACGCCUACUGGUGGUACACGCAGCAGCAGCAGCUACACCAGCCGCCGCCGCCACUUCCACACGCGACCGAACGUAGUGGCGCCGCGGACGCCACAUCCCAAGUGUGGAACAACUCGUCUCUCUCUUCCGCUCUUUACAUGGCGCCGCCGCCUCCGCCUCCGCAGCGCGAUGCAUCGCUCAGCCCCAGCUCUUCAAGCGCGAAGCGGGCUUCUUCGUCGAAGAGCAAGCCCAUAAGGUCGGAAUCGGCUCCUGGAGGCUGCGGUGGCGGGCCAAUGGCAUCGGCAGCAGCUACACUGUCCUCAUCUGCUGCGAGGGCAGCGAUGCGUCCUACGGUGGUCUUCGACAGAGACUGCGUGCGGAUGUGCCACCUCGCCGAGAAUGAUUCAUCCAUCCGCGUACCGGGCAACACGGUACUGGAGGUGCUGAACCUGGAGGAGAAUCGCUACGUCACCAUCGUCGGCGUGCGCGAGGCUGCGCGGCGGCUUGCCCUACGCGAGCCAGCAACGACAGCGGAGAUGUUAUCCAUGGUUGAGGUCCGGGAAGUGCACUCGACGCCGUCACUUUCACCAUCUGCGCCGCAUUCCACCGCUAGCUCGAGCAUGGAAGGGGCAAGUAAACGCCUCUCCAGCGCCAUCCACCGUAGCACAGCCGCUGCCUCGCAGCCGACGCCGACACCGUUGACGGUGAUUCACCCACCUGAGCUACACUGCGCCGGGCUUCGGCUGCGGGCGUGCACUGUGAGGUGCCACCGAGAGUCUGAUCGCAGGACGUGGCGAGAGAUGGAUGAGGUGCAGCAGCGCCUGAAUGCCUCCCUGGCCCAAUGGUCCCACUCUCGUGCCGCAUCGCGCACGUGA